CUUUACCCUCUUUCCAGCAUCCCAACUUCCAUCCUUUCUGGUUGUUGCUCCUUCUUCUACACCCUCCUCUCACGCCAAUUCCUCGGUGCGGGUAGCGGGAUCUUCUCGGCCUAGGCUUGGCUCUUCCUGUCGCCACCUCGUCCUCAUCCUGCUCCUCAAGACAGCAGUAAUGAAGCUUACUGCUUCAGCUGUCGCAGCCUUUGUGGCUGCUCCGCUCCUCGCAACCGCCCAGACAUAUACAAAAUGUGAUCCAACAAAGCAAUCCUGCCCAGCGGAUCCCGCCCUGUCGGGAACUGCUACUUUUGAUCUGAAGAGCCCUUCUGAGCGGUUUACAGAACUGGGGAAGCCUACAUACAACGAUGAGGGAGUCUCUUUCACAAUCAACAAACAGGGUGAUUAUCCCACAAUUCAGUCCAACUUCUACAUCAUGUUCGGACACUUCGAAGUUGAAGUGAAAGCGGCUCCUGGCAGAGGCAUUGUCAGCAGUGUGGUCAUGCAGUCGGAUUGCUUGGACGAAAUCGACUGGGAAUGGAUUGGUGGGAACAAUGGCCAGGUUCAAAGCAACUUCUUUAAAGAGGGCCGCAGCAACGCUUAUGACCGCGCUGUCUGGCAUCCCAACCCAGGGAACCAGGAUGGCUUCCAUAAAUAUGCGGUCGACUGGACUAGUGAACGCAUUGAAUUCUACCUCGAUGGUGAAAAAAUCCGCACCGUGACCCCCAACGAUGGUAACGCUAGGGGUAAUUAUCCCCAGACGCCCAUGUUCGUCAAAAUAGGCAUCUGGGCUGGAGGCGAUCCCACCAACGGCAAAGGGACAAUCGAAUGGGCUGGUGGUGAGACCGAUUUCAGCGCAGCUCCCUUCACUAUGCAAGCCAGGAAUAUCGUGAUCACCGAUUAUUCCACUGGCAAAGAGUACCGCUACGGGGAUCGGAGUGGAACCUGGCAGUCCAUUGAGGCAGUGGACGGUGAAGUCCGCAGCUCUGGAAGGCCUGGUUCAGGUCCAGAGGUAGGGUCCUCAGUUCCUCCAGCCGAGAAAACCGCGUCACCUUCAGGACACAGUGUGCAUCCAUGGAUCCCUCCUAAUCCUACCACGACACUUAGCACUGCAAGAGAGUCAAUAACAGGAAUUGCAGGGCUUCCCAGCAGUUGGCUAGUCACCGAUGAUGGGAGACCCACUUCGCCGAGUACGGCUUCUACGGCUUCCCUUACCACAUCAUUAUCCUCGCCUUCCUCUCCGGACUCACCUUCCUCUGGUGGGCCUGAUGGCUCUCCUCAGCCAACUGGCACCAACGGACAACCAGAUACGGGUAGAGGCUCCAACCCCUCUGCUACGAUAGCACCAGAAAACUCAUUGGCGCAUAUUUCGAGCCCUUACCACGGGCUCGCCGCCAUCUGCGGGAUCAUAGGCUUAGUCGUGCUCUUGUAAUCAGAUGCAAGAGUUCGUGGCCCCCAUUGAUCCCAAGAGUUAGGUUUCAAACGUACAUUCGAAAAGGAUGACACGUAUAAGACAAUGAAUGGAUAUGAUGAACGAUAUAUCAAGGGAAUGCUCAUUGGAGUUCGGCUCGGUUGGUGGGGGGGGGAGGGGGGUCUCGGGCGUAGAACCCGGUUUAUAACGGAGUUGUGUUUUGUUAAUUUUUUGGGAGUGAACAUCGGCUGACAUGUUUUGCAUAGUCGCCUUUUUUUUUUUUUUUUCUUUCCCUUCCGCCUCAAAAAAGGCCUCCUAGUUCGGUAGGGUGGAAGGUGUAGUUGUACGGCAUUUGGC